GAUAGGCCAGCUGAGACGCUUCCAGAGGAUGCUGCUGGCUAAGUCUGCUCUGACUGCCCGGCCAUUACAGGCCGCAGACACUGAGGAGGGGGUGGGGACAGACUCCCAGAGGGAACACUCAGAAUGGGCCGACAUGGACUCUAACGAUGUGAUUGAGAAAGGGGUCAUCUCGAACAGUAUGCUGACGGUUCAGCAGUAUCUAUCGCAGCGUGGUCACAGACAAAAGGCUGGACACUCUGCUUUUAUCCAUGCAUCUUUGCAACGAACCUUAAAAUACCUGCACAAUCAGGAGAUAGAGUCUGCAAAACAGUUGCUAUCUUCCCUGGGAUUUAGUGUAGCCGGUAAGCUCUGGGAGUUUGUGUUGUUCUCUAGAGAUGUCCGACAACGGGACUUCACUCUGAGAGAAUUGAAGAAACUGACUGCUCUGACCACAGAGCAGUCUUCAGUACUGGAGUUCUACAAUCUGUUGUCUGAGGCAUAUACUGAACUGCAUGGUAAAGAGAUGGCAGAAAUACAAACAGCAAAAGAUUCUAGAUUGUGGGAGAAGACAGCUGAUGUGUCAGAAUGUCUGCCUGACUCCCCAAGUCGUAUCCUCAGGGUGGGGAGUGGGGAAACAAGGCGUGGCAGCCCAGCAGAUCAUGUUCUUUUUGAUUGGCUCCUGCACUGGAAUUUUCAAAGAAGGCAAAGAAUUUUAUUGGAUGCAUCUGGCAAAGACAUAUCUCUGACAGAUUUUGACAGCACUGUAUUAUGGGAUUAUUUCCUGUCACACUGCAACAGAAAGGUGCUUCAGGAUUGGUUGGAAUUCAGCUUUCUUGGAGAUUCUGUGCGCCAUGAUCAGAUGCAAACUCUUCCACCAUUGGCUGCAGACAUCAUUGAGGACAUGGAUAACUGUCCAGAUUAUUUGAGGCAGAUUUUACAAGAUCAGUGUGCCAGGUACGGUGUAUUCAGCAAGGCUGACUUGGAGUGUUUUCCUCUGUUUCUGUCGCAACUGGUUAGGGUAGGAUCAGUGAUGAGAACUCCCCAUCCCCUCCAGGACAGCGCUUAUCUCAGCCUGUCCCACUUCCACCCAGCCUUCCUCAAGUACUGCUGCACAGAGAACCUCCCCUCCCUCAUGUGGACUACCUGGACUAUUACCGCCUUGAUCCUUCCUUAGCUCUGAACUGCCUGGAUGAGGUGUUAACAGAAGAACAGUUUUGGCUUCCAGUGCUCACUAAUUUUUAUGCUUUGGCCAAAAAUCCAUCUGUACCUAGUUUCAUGUUAAAGGCAAGCCUGUCCAAUGCCGCUUUUGUCAAUCAUACAAACCUGAUGAAUGGAAAAGUAGAGGAAGAGUUUAGCAGACACACCCACUCGCUGCCAUAGCAACUGCUCUGUAUUCACCAUGUGGUGUGGACACAGUGGUGAGCAGGAAGAAACUGCUGGGCAAACUGGUCCCUGCCUCCCUGGAGAAGCAGUUAGAGAGAUACCC